AUGGUGGUAUGGAAUGGAUCGAGACCAUCCCUUGGGGUAGGGGCAGCGUCACACGCCCCACGGCCACCGUCGAGACGACGCGGCGCAGGAGCUCGACUCCAUGAAAUCGAUGAUUUCGGACUCUCUCGACGAGCCCGCCGCGUCGAAGCCGAUGGGGUUGAUGAGGAACGAUCACAGCUGCUGCCAUGGCUCGAACUCGGAGGACGAGGGGUCGCGAGGGGGCAGCGCGUCCCCCCCCACCCACUCUACCUCCCCGUUCCAGUCCCCACGCGGUCGUAUGAGCGUCGCGUCUUCGCACGUGCCUCAACCUUGUCCUUGCGGACCUCGCAGCCGCUGGGAUCGUUGCACAAUUCGGCAUAUUCGCGGAGCGGCGGGCACUCAAAGACGGCCAUCCCAUCGCAGCGCGCCUCAAAGCGCAUCAACUUAGCUAGUUCGUGA